AUGCGCCUCCCAGGAAAUACGCUCGGUGCCUUCCGGGCAUAUUUCUUUGGGUUCUUCGUCUGUACCGCGGGUUUUCUCUUUGGGUAUGACACGGGGAUCGUCGGUGGCAUCCUUACCUUCGACUCGUACAAGCAUGACUUCGGCUACACCGACAAAACCACCGUCAGUGCGGUGAUGGUCAGUCUGCAGAAUGUGGGCGCGUUCAUCGCCGCACUGGGCAUCUUCCCGAUCUCGAUGCGCUUCGGGCGCAAAAAGACCAUCCAAGCAUCUAUGACCCUGUUUUGUCUUGGAGUUAUCCUGCAGGUCGUCCCAUCGCAUUCACUGGUCUGUUUCUAUAUUGGUCGCGUGGUUUCCGGCCUGGGUCUCGGCGGUGGCACGGCAGUAGUCCCGACAUACAGUGCGGAGAUGGCUCCCAAGGAGAUCCGCGGGAUGGUCGGCUCGGGCGUGCAGAUGCUGUUUGCCCUGGGUGUGAUGCUGAGCUACUGGAUCGACUAUGCCGUGGAAAUUACCCUACCCGGCCAAUCCAAGCAGUGGCAGAUCCCCGUCGGGCUCCAGCUGGUUCCCGCCGCGGUGCUGGGCCUGGGUCUGUUCACUCAGCCCGAGAGUGUGCGCUGGCUGGCCAAGAAUGAUCGCUGGGAAGAUGCAUGGGAGAGUCUGAAGUGGAUGCGCGCGAGCGAUGGCCCCGAAGUCAAGGCCGAAUUUAACGAGAUCCGAGCUGGCUUGGCUGAAGAGUUGCGGGCAACCCAAGGAUUCACCAAGCGCGAGCUCCUGGAACCCGCCAACCGCUAUCGGCUGAUGCUCGGUAUUGGCAUGUUUAUGGGCCAGCAGUGCACGGGCAUGACGGCUCUGGCAUACUUUGGGCCGCAGUUCUUCAAACUGAUCGCCGGCAGUGAUAACCAGCAGUCCUUGCUGAUCACAGGUCUCUUUGGCGCCGAGAAAUUCGUCACCGUCACCAUCUACAUCUUCUUCUUCUCGGAAAUGUGGGGACGUAAACCUACGUUAUGGGUAUCUGCACUCUUGAUGGCCGCGUGCUUCAUUAUCGUGACUGUCGUCAACCAAACCACGCCGAAGCCGAAUGACAAGGCGACGCCUGCGGGCAUUGCUACCGUGGCGAUGAUCUUCCUGACCAACUCAAUUUACCAGUUCAGCUGGGGACCGCUGCCGUGGCCGUAUACUUCAGAGAUCUUCCCCUCGCGAAUCCGUGAGAUUGGAACGUCCGCAUCGGUCUCUACGCAGUGGUUGUUCAACUUUCUUUUCUCGCUCGUCACCCCAUACAUGAUGGCCAGCUGGAGCAGCUACACGUUCCUCUUCUAUGCCAUUCUCGACAUCAUCAUGGCCAUUUUGGUCUGGUUCUUUGCGAAAGAAACCAAGGGCAAGAGUCUCGAGGAGAUGGAGUCGAUCUUCCACAGCAAUGCCGCAUUUGAUGUUGACGCCGCACGAAGAGAUGUCCUUAAGGAUGAUUUUGAUGAAGUGAAUGUCCACCAUAAGACAUCCGAUGACCGCAGUUGA